UACCCGGACUUUUGUUUUGGAAAGCCGCUGCUAAGCGGUCGCCAUUAUUCUUCCUGGCUUGACGCUCAAGCUAAAGACGGUUUAUUACUUUAAAAACGUUACAUUUCGAUUUAAACUGUUACAGUCUGUCUGGUGCUGUCGGUUGACCGUCUCUUGAAGUGGUGACGCAUCCUGAGCACAGUAUGGAAAAACGCUAUCAUACUACAAGUGCCCUUCCCUUGGCCUCCCUUCGCCUUAUGGCAUCUCCUCUGCAGCUGACGUAUUCGUACAUCUGGCAGGUCGUACGGCAGAAAAACGUUAAGCAGUAUGGGAAAGUGGAGGAGUUUGUGACCAUGGUGGUACAGACUGUUCCUGACCUCAUGAGUUUCAAACAGACUGCCCAGCUGAUCUUGGGGCUGAGAGCAAGGAUCAUUUUGGAUUUGCUUCGUAAAGACGGUCCACCGGAUUCUAAGGCGAUACAGACUCUUAUAAAUAAAUUAAAGGUCUCCACAUUAUCAGGGAAGGAUGCAGAAGUGGAGAAAUCGCAAACAAAUUUCAUGGUACUGGUCCAGAAUCUGCUUAAGAACCCUACUGAGAGGAAGCGCUUCUUCAGGGAAGUGUUCCCUGUUCAGUAUGGCACAAAGUUUGACACAGCACUGCAGACUCUGAUUGCAGGCUUAGUGUGCAAGCUGGAGCAACUUCUUCCUAUGCCCAAUUUGUCCCAGCUUGGUGCCAUGAUUUCAACGGAGCCCAGUGUUCUGGAGGCAUGUGGAGGCUUUAUCCCUGAUCCAGUGGAUCUGAAGACACUCCUUCUACACCAGCAGGCCAAAGGACUCCUUGGUGUUAAAGCCACUAUCUCGUCUUCAGUGGGCGACUGUGUCCUCUCUUCACUUGCCUUCCGGCCCAAACCUGUUGAUCCACCACCAGAAUCUCCAAAAACAGUAGAGGUCACAGCUAAAGAAACAAACCAAACUUCCGUCAGUGACACCGAAGACGUGGCUGUAAUUUCAGAUGACCCUGACAGCCCAGCAGUCAACAUUUACAGUCCUCCGCGCAGGGGGCGGUAUGAUUUUAAAACACUUUAUAGCUCUGCAUCAAAGGAAAGGAGUGUCACAACAGCAGCUCAAAAGGAGAAUUUGGUGCAGAAAGAGAGUUCUGCACAAGAACAGCCUGCUCCAACUCCGCAGAGCAAAGAGAAUAAUGCACCCCAACCGCCACCAUCAGAAGCAGAGAAACCAGCACCACAGCCACUGCCUUUGAAAUCAAUCCCUUUCAGGGUAGUUACGGUGCCGUGCAAAACUGCUCCCACUUUACCAAAUGCAGAUGGUGCGGGAACAAAAGAUGGCCAGAAGCCCCAGACUCAGCGUGUCACUUUGCAUCAGUGGGUGUCACAGAUAGCCUCCAACUCUCUGUCACUCCCUGCCCUGCCACCUCUUCCUCCACCCAGGCUGAGUGCUGGAGAUGACGCAAGGCCAAGCAUAAGAAGAAAAAAGCAAUUUAGGCCUCUGGGCGACAGGUUUACUUGCAGUGUGUGUGAUAAGAGCUUCCCCUAUCAGUCCAAGCUGAUGGACCACGAACGAAUUCAUACAGGAGAGAAGCCUUUCCACUGCUCAGCAUGCAACAAAAGUUUCCGAACACAGGCUUUCCUAAACAACCACCUCAAGACCCACAACGCAUCUCGUCCUUACGCUUGUGGGCAGUGCGGGAAGUGUUUCACAAAACUCCAGAGCCUGACGAAGCACAUUCUCGCCCACAGUGGGCAAAAGCCAUUUUUUUGUAACAUCUGCAACAAGGGUUUCACGCAGUCCACCUACUUCAAAAGACACAUGGAGUGCCACACAAGCCAGAUGACGUUUCCUUGCAAGCACUGCAAUAAAGUUUUUCCUACGGCUUUCAAGCUGUCGAACCACGAGCGCUGGCACACCAGAGAUCGCCCUCACAUGUGUGAGCGCUGCGGGAAGAGAUUCCUCGUCCCCAGCCUGCUGAAGAGACACAUGGGCUACCACAUUGGCGACCGCCAGUAUCUCUGUUCCCAGUGUGGAAAGACCUUUGUCUAUUUGUCUGACCUGAAGAGACACCAGCAGGACCAUGUCCCCAAAGCAAAGAUCCCAUGUCCUGUCUGCCAAAAGAAAUUCUCCAGCAAGUACUGCCUGAGGGUUCACCUGAGGAUCCACACCAGAGAAAGACCCUACCGGUGCACUAUAUGUGAAAAGACCUUCACUCAGGUUGGCAAUCUAAAGGUCCACAUCAGGCUGCACACCAAUGAGCGGCCCUUCAGCUGCGAUGUGUGCGGGAAGACUUACAAGCUGGCAUCCCACCUGAACGUCCACAAAAGGACACAUACGUGCAAGAAGCCCUGGACGUGCGACACAUGCGGGAAGGGAUUCUCUGUCCCCGGACUUCUGAAGAAACACGAACAGCUGCACACGAGAGAAGCCAACCCUGAUUUCUCCGGUAAGCGGAGGCACAGGGGUAAGCAAAAGAAGCUCUCCCUCAAGAGGAAGUUUGAUGAGGAAGAGGAGGUCAGCGAUGAUUAUUAACUGAAGAAACGCUGACAUUUCAAUAAAAGUGUUUUAAUGUU